AUGGCUAAACGCGGCAGAAAGCGUCAGCUGAAGCAAGCAGGCAAGGAGAACGCUCCUCCGACACCACCGAAACCGACAAUUGACCGAAUGGCGCUCUUUUUCGAAGAAACGGAAUGGAUGCCGUCCGCCGCGGUUGAUUUUUAUAAUGAGCACAAUGAUAUUGGUGUGUUUGUAAAACAUUUUCAAGCUCAGAUUAAAAUUUCAGAGGAGAAGUUGAAAAACAUCGAAAGUACGACUGUCUUGGUCGGCCCGUUUCGGAAGUUGAGAGGGGAAACGAAUGUGAGCGGAGUCGAAUUGAUAAUGCUCGAUCGGGAGUCGACUGAUCUUCCGGAGAUGCAAACGUUCAUGAGAUGUGCGGCCGGGCGGUACGCAUUCUGGAGAGACACGCCCACCGAGAAGAAUCCCGUCAUCGUAUUUGUCGACUUGAAAACUGUUCCCGAGGUGACCGUUAUCGGCAACAAAGUCGAACAUGCUAUCCUUCACUUUUGCGAGAAGUUUGCGAGAUUCGGAGAGAAGCCAACCACUCCGAAGAAAGUGAAAAUAGAGACUUUGGGUUUGGAGGACAGCGAGCUGAUAAGAGUCGAAAAGGAGAUGAGUACGGCGAUUCGGAACCGGAAGACUCAGACGGUCGGAGGGAUCAGCGGGCCAGGCCUCGUUUUGGUGAAUAAUAAGAGCAAGGCGCGCGGAUACCGGGAUCUCACGCGAAAUCCGAGUAUUAUUGGUGCAUUUUUAAGUAGUCUAAAUCGGUUUUUUUUUUCAGACAACGUCGAACUUUUACUCCGCUCAUUGAGACUUGUCGGACUGAAGGAGCACGAACAAAGAAUUGAAGCUGUCAUAUCCGCGCUCAUGGGAGAAGUGCAGAUCUGCAACGACGAAGGAGACUUCGGAAAUGGACUCGAACUGGGCCACUUGCUUUUCCUCGCGAACAAGCAAUCGGUAGGAGUUAAAGAAUCGUUUAAACGGGAUCCUGUCCAUUUACAGAUAAAGGACAACAUGCUGCAACUGCUGAUGACUGCCUACAAACUGCUGGGUCGCAAGGAUUUCCUUAAUAUCCUCCUUCUCACUCUGGAGAAUCGCGAACUUCCCUUCUCCAAAUGCUAUUAA